AUGGUGUCGUCACUUCGUCCAGCAUCGCGGCUCGUCGCGAGGCCAUUGUCAGCUUCAUCAGCCAUCCUACGACACGCAGAACGGUCACCUUUCCUCCGAGCCACUGCCACAGCUCAAUUUCAUUCUUCAAGACCUAGAAAUGCCCUACCCUCCGGUCCUCCGCCGCAGGGCUACAGACUGCCGAGACCCAAAAGAUUCGACGAGGGUGAGGGAGUGAUGGAUAAAGCUAGCAACUACUUUCUUCUCACCGAGAUGCUGAGGGGAAUGUAUGUGUUGUUGGAACAAUUCUUCAGACCACCCUACACAAUUUACUAUCCGUUCGAAAAGGGCCCCAUCUCACCACGAUUCCGAGGCGAACACGCAUUGAGGCGCUAUCCUUCUGGCGAAGAGAGAUGUAUCGCCUGCAAGCUCUGCGAAGCCAUUUGCCCUGCCCUAGCCAUCACAAUCGAAGCCGAAGAAAGAGAAGAUGGCUCGAGAAGGACCACCCGUUAUGACAUUGACAUGACAAAGUGCAUCUACUGUGGUCUGUGCCAGGAGAGCUGCCCUGUUGAUGCUAUUGUGGAGACACCCAAUGCCGAAUAUGCAACAGAAUACCGAGAGGAGCUCUUGUACAACAAGGAAAAGUUGCUUGCAAACGGUGACAAAUGGGAGCCUGAAUUGGCGGCUGUGGCCAGAGCGGAUGCUCCUUACAGAUAA